AUGGAAUAUGAAAUAAGAGAAUUGAACGUGAAAGCGCUGCAAGAAGAGAUUUUACGUAAAUGUAGAAAGAAAACGGAAUUUUUAGUUCCCCGUGAUGAAACUGAAGAUAAAAGACAUGAAGCGGAAGAUUUGCACGAGGAGAAAGAUGUAUUCUCAAUAGAAACUGAUAAAAUUGCGGAGGAGGAAUUAUCCUUUGAGGAUAUAUUGGCUGAGAAACGUCGCAAAUAUACAGCUAAAGAAGAAUUUGUUUAUUCAAUAUGGAAUGGAUAUUUUUUGCGGAAAGAACCGCUCGUGAAGAAAUUGGACAAAAAUGAUGCUGAAGCUAUUGAAAAAAACGAAGAAAUGGGUGACAAAAGCGAUGAUUCAAUCAUUAAGGAAGAAGAGAAAGAAAAAGAUAAAAUAUCCAUUCCGUCCUGGAAACUUUUAUUACCGGAUGAAUUUGCCAACAUAAAAUUCUAUAACAAAAAUUCUUAUCGCGGUCGCAUUAGCAGGAAGAUGAUGGAAGGCGAAGGGACAUACAGAUGGCACAAUGGUGUCCACUAUAAGGGUCAGUUUGAGCAUAAUAAGAUUCAAGGGAGAGGUUUCCUAGAGUGGAAUAACAAUUGUUGGUACGAGGGUGACUUUGUGGACGGUUUUCGACACGGUAAAGGUCUCAUGGUGGACAGAGAAAAUAAUCGUAUGUACAUCGGCCGGUGGGACAUGGGUCAUAGGCAUGGAAGAAGAUUAAAAGAUGUACAAGUAUAA